GUAAUCAUCGUAUCUCGGCGACCCACCAUCGACACCGGCAACAACAACGCUAUCCCCCACCCUCCUUAAGAGCAACUUCAUGCCCCACAAGCCGUGACUUCCUUAGCAAACCCUACCCCACUGGCCAAUUCAGCAACGGCGGCCUCGCCAGUGACUCUCUACGCCGAGGCCUUUGGCCUCAGCCCUACAUUAUCUCCCGCCCAUCUCCCGAUCCUGCUUAUACAAUCAAUGACCUCGCCUUUUGCCAUUUGCUUUCGCCUGCGGCACUCGGCCUCGACAACGUCACCUCCGACAUGCUGCGCAUUAGAUACUUUGCAAAACAAACUGUAUUUUCGUUGAUUGCAGAAGGCUGUGAGAUAAGUUCAUAUGUCUUUACUUAUUGCUAUGUGCCAUUUGGACAACUCAGUAAACAAAGUACACCAUUGAAAAACCUUUUGCAGCCUCUAUCAAAUAAUGCUUUCAGAAAAGAGGCAUUUUUCAAAGUUCUUUCUGUCAGCCAUGGACUUGUAGCCUCAAAAGUGAACCAUGGAGUAUCCUUCCUACCAUGUGUUAAAGCCUCUGAAGCUGCAUUGGCAAUGGCAUCAAAUGAUGGAAUUGUGAAUGAUGUCUUAAAGAGGUUUUUACUCAAGUAUAACAAGCAGUGGAAUACCAAAGUGGCACAUAACCUAGUGGGGAAGACUUCAAGGGAAGCUGCUACCAUUUUCUUGCAAGAUUAUGGACUCCCUCUGAGUGUUAAAGAAUUAAUGGAUAUGAUUACCCGGUUGUUCUCUGACCAGUGGUACAACAUUAAAGCUUUUCCAUGUGCCAAUCGGUUGAUAAAGCAUUUGAGUAGUAAUGGGGUUCCAAUGGCUUUGGCUUCAAACCCACCAAAAUUGAACAUGGAAGGCAAAAUUUCUGACCACCAUGGAUGGAAAGAGUCCUUUUUAGCCAUUGUUGGUGGAGAUGACGUUAUAAAUGGAAAGCAAUCACCUGAUAUGUAAGAUAUAGAGAUUGAGUUUUUAGUCUUCAGGCAUUUGUACUAUUU